GGUUACAGAACAGGCUACGUUUAUAGACAGCCAAUUCUCAAACAAGAAAUCAGACGGGAUCGUUCAAAUGAAGUGGCAGAACCUCCCACAUCUAGCAACCUAUCGCACAUGUUUGAAGGCGAUUACGAAAAUUCACAAUACAUGUCCCCAUACAAAGUGGCUUUGGAGAAACAGAAGCAACAUUACAAGGCUGGCUGGCUCAACUCCCCAAACAACUACAUCAAGCAAGAGAUGGAAGAGACUGGCACAACAAACCCUAAAAAAAUAACUAAGUGGGUACAGGAGGAUGAAGAAUCUCCAAAGCGAGCGGCCAUGUCUAUAAAAGUAGAAAACGCUAAUCAAUUUGCACCACUUGGUGACAAUCCUAAGGAAUUCAAACUGAGACAAAAACAGAUUAGGAAGGAUUACUACGAGGAGAAGGUGAACGCUGGACCUCAGUCACGAGUACUGGAAGGCAUGACGUGGGAAGAGGCUCAGAAACUCAAGGUAAGUUAGGUUACCUGUUGUAUGUUGGAAAGCACCACUAGUGUUAGGACAUGCACCCUGGUG